AUGUAUCCCAUGAAUAUGCCCAACUUCGAUUUCAAACCUGGCAUUAUUCAACUUUUACCAACCUUUCAUGGUAUGGAAAAUGAGAGUCCAUAUGUGCAUAUUCAGGCCUUCGAAGAGGUGGUGGCCACAUUCAACAACCAAGCUGACAUCAUUAACUUGGUGAGAUUGAAGUUCUUUCCUUUCUCACUCAAGGAUAAAGCCAAAAGCUGGUUGUAUUCCUUAAGGCCAAGGUCUAUUGGGACUUGGGACGAAAUGACAAAAGCAUUUUUCUCUAAAUUUUUCCCACCCCAUAAGACUAGCAGCCUUAAGAGGCAAAUCUCUACCUUCACCCAAAAGGACCAUGAAACGUUUCAUCAGGUCUGGGAGAGGUUUAAAGAUUUGAUGGGCCAGUGCCCACAUCAUGGAUACAAAAGUUGGCGUCUUGUCAGCUAUUUCUACGACGGUCUCACAGCCGACAAAAGACAAUUCGUACAAAUGAUGUGCAAUGGCGACUUCCUACAGAAAGAUCCCGAAGAAGCUUUGGAAUAUCUUGAAGAAAUUUCUAAAAAAUCAUACACAUGGAGUGCGCCAAGUCCUACAGACAAGCCACGAACAGCCGGAGUCUACCAAUUGAAGGAGGAGGACAGUGUGAAAGCUCAACUUGAAGCUUUGAAAAAACAAUUUGAGGCUUUCAAAACUCAAGAAGGUAAAGCACUCCAGAUGGCUGCAAAAGUGGAAAAGCAAGAACCAUGCUUCAUUUGUGGAGGGACUGAUCAUCAACCACAAGAGUGCCCUAGUCUUAGUAUGUUAAGGGGAGGAGAUGAGGAACAGUGUAAUGCCUUAGGGGAUUACAAGAAGCCUUAUAAUGCCUACUCCAACACAUACAAUCCUGGUUGGCGUAAACAUCCCAAUUUCAGUUGGAAGGAUACAAGUCAAAAUCAAGCAUCUGGGAGCCAAUGGAGGCCUGAUCAACAAAAGAAUUCUCUUGAGAGUUCCAUGAAAAUUCUCGCAGAAUCUCAACUAGAGUUCAGGACUUAUUUCACUCAGGUGAUAGAGGAAUUGAAGGACAUAAAGAUUCAAAUAACAAAGUUAAAUGAUUCUUCAGUCAUUCAAGAGCGUGGUAAGCUUCCCGCUCAGCCUCUAAUCACUCCCAAAGGGCAACAUAUGGCACAAACCUCCGCUCCUUCAGAGUCUAAUCUCAAAGGGGUUAAUGCUAUUACUACCCGAUGUGGUCAAAGUACGGUAUCACCAUUACCUAAGACCACUAGUGUACCAAUGCCCGCUCCAGAUGUUGAUGUGCCACAGAACCUUCCAGUAAAGCAAGUACCGGCUUAUGCCAAAGUUAUCAAGGAUCUAUGCACUAUCAAAAGGAAGCACCAUGUCAAGAAAACUGCAUUCUUGGCAAAACAAGCUAGUGCGGUGAUCGACUGCAAGACACCGCUUAAAUACAAAGAUCCUGGUUGUCCCACCAUUUCAUGUCAAAUAGGGGAACAGGAAUUUGGCCAAGCCCUCCUGGACUUAGGUGCAAGUGUAAAUCUCAUGCCUUAUUCCAUAUACUUGCAACUAGGCCUAGGAGAACUUAAGCCCACAUCUGUGGUGCUACAAUUAGCCGAUCGAUCAGUUAAGAAACCUCAAGGAAUAGUUGAAGAUGUCUUGAUUCAAAUUGAUAAAUUCUAUUACCCUGUGGAUUUUCUCAUCUUGGACACUCAAUCUGAAGUCAACUUAGAGUCCAAAAUUCCCAUCAUUCUCGGACGACCAUUCCUCGCAACAGCAAAUGCACUCAUCAAUUGUAGGAAUGGUCUCAUGAAAAUCUCUUUUGGGAACAUGACUCUAGAGGUGAAUGUUUUCAACAUUGGUAAACAACCACCUGAUAAUGAUGAGUGUUUCCAAUCAUUUCUGAUCGAUACACUUAUUUCAGAAGAGGUAGAAGCACAAUACACUUCCACUCAUCUCAAUGACCUCUUUGAAAUUUCUGAGAUUUUUGAGUCGGGUAAUACUGAAAUCAACCCUAAAGUCAUCAAUCAAUUACCUACCAAAAGAACCAUGUUUUGGAAUCCAAUCUUCGAGGGACUUCCUCAAGAUAGGGAAACACCAAAACCAUCCACUGUACAAGCUCCUCAACCAAACUUGGCUCAACUUCCUAAGGAACUUAAGCAUGUCUUCUUGGGAGCAAACAACACUUUCCCUGUCAUCAUAUCCUCCACCCUUAAUGCAACUCAAGAGCAAUAA